AUGAUAAUUUCUACAUUACUUCCAUUGUUAGUUCUCGCGGUCUUCCAGACGAACGCGGUGUUUUCUCCGUUUGAUUUUGCCGACCAAUACGUACAAGAGUUCCGGAAUGGUUUGAAUCAAUUAACGAGGUGGGCCGAUGAAUAUAAGUUCCAUCAAUUAGAUUUCGAUCCGCUGAGACAUAAUGAAAGUUUGGCAUUUUUAGAAGCAGAAGAAUUUGACUUCAUCAUUGUCGGCGGAGGACCAUCCGGAGCAGCCCUGGCUAAUAGAUUAUCGGAAGAACCAAAAUGGAGAGUUCUCUUAUUAGAGGCAGGAGAUGCAGAAACUACCAUAACGCAAGUACCGUCUUUGCAUCCCCAUCUUCUAACAACACCCUACACUUGGGGAUACAAAACCACUCCACAAAAAUCUGCCUGUCUAGGAAUGAUCGAUGGAAGAUGUACCGUAACUAAAGCCAAGGCACUUGGAGGCGAUUCUGCAAUAAACGAUAUGCUGUUCACCAGAGGACAUCCAAGAGAUUACGAUAUUUGGUCGGAUAUAGGAUUGAUGGGUUGGUGUUGGACUAGCGUGUUCCCGUUUUUCAAAAGAUUUGAAAAUGCUCUGGUUGAUGAUAUGGAUAAAAAAUUACGCCACUACGGUGGACCCGUCCAAAUUGAAAACUCCCAUCACGACCCUCUCUUCGCCGAACACAUUUACCAAGCAGGUCACGAAAUUGGUUUACACACAUCCAUCGACUACAAUGGAAAAGAACACCUAGGUCUCGGCCUUCCGCAAGUCAUCACCAAAAAUGGCAAAAGGUACAGUGCUGCGCAGGCUUAUCUCGAUUGCACGCACGAGAGGGAAAACCUGGUGGUACUUCCGCAUAGUCAUGCUAUCCAAAUCCUAAUCAGCGACCAUACUAAAGAAGCCAGCGGGGUCAAAUACAUUCGAGAAGGGAAAUUGUUCAUUGUGAAAGCGGCCAAGGAGGUGAUACUAGCUGCCGGAGCCAUUAACACGCCACACCUGCUGAUGUUAUCUGGUAAGACGCUUUUGGAUUUCACUGCACUUACUGGGUAUUCGUUAAAUGCAAUUAUUGGAAUCGACGUCCGCGUUUGGCUGCCUGGUUUUCGAAUCACUUCUGAGAAAAAUCCUUCACUGACACCUGUCGGAUAUAAUCCAACGCCCUUCGAGGUAUUAGCCAGUUGUGUGGGAUGUUAUUUGAAAGACCAGGUCUCCUUCGUGGGUCUCAAUUUCAUAUUCGAACCCCUUCAUGAAGUACAUACGGCUCCAUGCGAUAUACCCAAUAAACACCAUGAAGAUCAUCACAAAAUCAACGAAAUUAAUAAUGAAGUUCCACCCCACAUUCACGAACCUAUUCAUGACCCCGAGCUUCCUCAUGAUACUGUCGCUCCUGUCCAUGAACUCCCGGAUAUCCCAAUCCAGAAAUCUGUUCACGAACUCCCUCAUACUUCUGCACAACAACACUCUUAUUACCCACACCACGAUGUUCCCCACGAUUCUCAACAGGAAUAUUCAGAAGACUCCCAUGACCUUCCACGAGAUCCUCACCAUGAUAUUCCACACGAUUAUCACCAUGGCUAUCUGAAAGAUCAUUACCAUAAUCUUUCACACGACCCCAUCCACGAACAUAUUCCAAAAUCUCUUCGCGAACACAUCCACAACCCUUCUCAAGAAAUUCCUCACGAACCACACCUUGGAAUUCUCCAUCAAGAACAUCAUCUUUUACAUAGCGUUGAAGAACUUGUCAGUUAUCUGAGACAUGGCAAAGGUCCUUUGAGCACAACUGGACUGGAAAUGGUAUCAUUUGUGAAAACAAAACAUUCGAAAGGUCGGUCGUCCUAUCCGGAUAUUCAGUUUCUGUUCAAGAAGAUACGACUCAAUGAAGUUUCAGGAUGUCACCACCUCAGAGGAAUCAACAUCAGACCAGACAUACAUGACACCUUAUGCAAACCAAUCGUAGGAGCCGAAGGUUUUCACAUCGAGGUGAUAUUACUUCACCCUAAAUCCACUGGAGCCUUGACUCUCAACGACAGGGAUCCUUUCCACCACCCGUGGAUCAACCCCAAUGCUCUUUGCGACGAAGACGAGGAAGACAUAGAAACUUUGCUUGCCGGAAUUCAUAAAGCUCUCAAACUUGCCGAAAGUCCUUCGAUGCAUAAGCUAGGAGUCAAGCUGGUUCAUCAGAUGCUGCCCGAAUGUGAAAAUGAUCAUUUAGAUGACGAAUAUUGGAGAUGUGCGAUACAAUAUUUAUCAGUUACUAAAGGAAACAUCAUAGGAACAGCCAAAAUGGCUCCCGUUACCGUCAAAGGAGGAGUAGUGGACCAAGAAUUGAGAGUGUACGGUAUACAUAAAUUGAGAGUAGCCGACGCCAGCGUUAUCCCCGUCACUAUUUCCGGAAGUACGAUGGGGCCAGAGAUCAUGAUAGGCGAGCACGCGGGAGAUCUUAUUAAAAAAGAGUGGCUAGCGUGAAGUUAUAUUGAACUUAUAGGUGAAACUGCCAACUGAAAUUACUCUAUUCAGUUUAGUUCACAUGUAAAGACCUGGCCAUUAGUUAUAAUGAAUUAAAUUUCAAUUCCGUGAUGAACGUAAAUUUUAUGUAAAUUAUGUUCUUCAAUCUGUAAAAUCUCUCCUUCACCCUGUAUACUGAUUUCUUUUAAUGUUCAUGAAAAAUAUAAUGCAAUGAACUUCCAUUCAGUAGAACCAUACUUGAAUGUUCGUAUAGAUGCAACUAAUGCAUUCAAUAAGCCGAAUCAAUGUAAUCGAUUUGAGGAUUAACAAUAAAUAAUACUGAAAAA